AUGUCUGGUUCUAGCGCAGGGGGCAGCGGCUCUUCGCCGGCUCCAGAUCCCUCCAUUGCUGAGUCCAUCCAGCGGGCCCAGGCCAUCGCCGCCUCUCUCGCCCGCUCGAAAGGCGGCUUAUCAACACCACCAGUACCUCCGGCGCCUGUGGGGCCCCUUCCCUCUACCGCAAGUUCAGGAUUUUCUCACAGGCCCCCCUCUGCGUCUGCCUCCAGGGGAAGCCAUAUCUCGCCUAGGGGACCGUCCAACUUUGACUACGGAGGCCCCCAUGAGUCAGGCUUCUCCCAGGGGCCGGCAGGCAGGGGAAGCCUUCACCAUGUCUCCCCUAGGGGAGGCUCCUCUCAUGACCAGGGAGGCAUCCAUGGAGCUGCAGAGAGACAGGCACCCCAUAUCCUGCCGGUGCCUGGGAGAAACGAAGGCUCCUGGAAUUCAGUUGACGCUGCAGCAGCCAUUGCAGCGCAGCAGAAGCAGUUGAUGCAGCAGAGAGCCCGCAAAGCGGCAGUUCGGGCGAUGGCCACCGUCUGCGCGGCUAUCCCCAAACCAGACUUGAGAGACCCGGACUUGUUGGGAGCAGACAUCAAGAAGACAGCAGUAGGACAGCCCGGCUCAAGCCCAGACGCGUGGCAACAGCUGCAGCACGUGGAGGUCAUCGCUUCUUUGAGGCGCCGCACGGGGGCGGGUUUUGUUCUUCGAGGAUCCCCGCUGCAGCAACAUCAACUGCAGCAGCAGCAGGCGCUUCAGGGGUUGUAUGUUAGAGUUGUGGGGGAGGAUCAGGAGACCUUGUACCGAGGAGCUGUUGCUGCCUGGAGCUGUUUGAGUCCGCCUCAGUACCUCCCAGCCCCCGCAGACGCAGCAGAUGACGAGACGUUCGACUGCACUACAGCCAUGGCAGGGGAAGAUGAAGAAUUCCUUAAGGACGUUUGCCAGCGUACUGGGGCUCUGAUAGACAUUGAGCAGGAUCAGGCUCCAGGGUAUGCCCACGGAGGGGGGGAGAGGACAGGACUGCGCUAUGCCGCCAGGGCCUGCACCCAGGGGGCUGCAGAGAAGGCCCUGCGGCUGCUGCGGUGGAGGCUUGUCUGCAUUGAAGAGGCCUGGAGACAGCACAACGCCCAUGGAUUUACACGAGACGCAUCUCCUACAGGGCACAAGGGCGGAUGGAGAGAGUCUCCCUACGGGUUAGUCUCUUCGGCGGUGCAACAGGAACAUCUGGUGUUGGCGCAGCCCCUGUUGCCGCUGCUGGCAUUUUCCCUCGGUCCUCGGUCUCGUCGUAGAGAGCACCGCAUUCGAGCGGCGGAAUUUAGAGCUUGA